ACUAGCAGUUUCCCGUCUUCGCAUUCUGUUCUUUUCUUAGCUUCUCGGCUCUCGCUAUCAGAGCUCAGCUCGAAUCUAAUCCAACGGUCAAACCCCAAUCAUCCGACAUUCCUCAUCUCCACUCCUAACCUAUAAAAUUCCAGCUUUAAUGGUGGAUUUGGUUUAAGCUUUGUUUUCUUCUUCCCCACAUCUAGAUGCUUCUCCCAGAUCUACAUAAACUCCUCUCCGCUACUUUCUCCUCCCACCGCCAAAACCUCCCUGUAAUGCCAAUGUCUUUCCGCUGAUUUAGGGUUUCGCAAUCAUGGAGACCGAACUCAAAGACCUCGAUUCGACUCGAGGGCAAGGCCUGCCCAAGCCCCAACCAUCCGAAUCCAUCCACGACAAUGGCUCCACCAAAGACGACCGCCCGCUACUCAAGCCCGAGUCUUUGUCUGAGUCCUCCUCCUCCUCCUCCCUCCUUAUGUCUCAAGAGAGCCUCGACAAGAAGUUCGCCGCCUUCGCUCGACAUGACGUGUACGGCCCCUUGGGAUGCGGCGAGCUGCCGUUGGAGGAGAAGAUCCUGCUCGCCAUCGCCUCGGUGAUCCUGGUGCCGAUACGCGUGGUGCUGGCGACGAGCCUGUUGCUAUUUUAUUACCUGAUAUGCCGGAUUUGCACACUUUUCUCGGCGCCGAAUCGGGACGACAGUGAGCAGGAGGACUAUGCGCACAUGGGCGGGUGGAACAGGCUUGUGAUCGUCCAGUGUGGAAAGUUCCUCUCGAGGGUCGUGCUGUUAAUUUUCGGUUUUUAUUGGAUCAAGGAGACGUUCCAGAUUUCUGAUAGUGACUUGAAGUCAUCUGCCGCUCAGAAUGAGGGAGAAGAUGAGUCUGAAGAGCCUGAAAGACCUGGUGUGAUUAUAUCUAACCACGUAUCCUACAUAGACAUACUGUACCACAUGUCUUCUUUCUUCCCAAGCUUCGUUGCUAAGCAAUCAGUGGGCAAACUUCCUCUAGUUGGUCUCAUCAGCAAGUGCCUUGGUUGCGUUUAUGUUCAGCGGGAGUCAAAGUCAUCUGACUUCAAGGGUGUUUCAGGUGCCGUGACCGAAAGAGUUGAAGAAGCUCACCAAGAUAAGUCUGCUCCAAUAAUGAUGCUUUUUCCAGGACACAAACUGAAUGGGAACAACUAUCUCCAAUGGUCCCAUUCCGUAAUGAUGUUCAUAUGCAGAAAGGGCAAAGAUGAUUAUCUCACCGGAGAUGCUGCCAAACCAAACAAGACGGAUGAAAAGUUCAAAGUCUGGAAUGCCGAGAAUAAUAUGGUCAUGUCAUGGCUCAUUAAUUCCAUGACAAAUGACAUUGGAGAAAACUUUCUUCUCUAUGGAACAGCAAAGGAGAUUUGGGAUGCUGCCAAGGAAAUAUAUUCUAACAAUGAGAAUACAUCGGAAUUAUUCGAGGUGGAAAGUGUUCUUCAUGACUUCCGCCAAGGAGAAUUAACAGUGACUCAAUACUUCAACACUCUCAAUCGGUAUUGGCAGCAGCUAGACUUAUUCGAGGAGCACAAUUGGAGCUGUCCGAAUGAUGGAAUCAGGUAUAGACAAAUAAUUGAACGGAAAAGAAUAUACAAAUUUUUGAUUGGAUUAAAUAAGAACCUUGAUGAAGUACGAGGAAGAAUUUUAGGAUCCAAACCACUACCAAAUAUCCGAGAAGCUUUUUCAGAAGUUCGGAGAGAGGAAAGUCGAAAGAAGAUCAUGAUGGGAUCUCAAGAUUCUGUGACAAAUCCUGAGAGUUCAGCACUUGUGGUGAGAGGGAAUCCAUCCAACAACAACAGCGAUCACAGACCAAAGAAAGGGCGACCAUGGUGUGAUCAUUGUCGACGUCCUGGUCACACCAAGGACAACUGCUGGAAGAUUCAUGGCAAACCAGCAGAUUGGAGGCCUUCCCGGUUUGCCAAUGACAAAGAAGGACGAGGCAACCUUGCUUCCAUGGAUGAACAACCUCCACCCGAACCAACUCCCUUCAGCAAGGAACAGAUAGAGAUCUUGCAGAAAAUGUUCAGCCAAUCCUUGCCUGCACCAGCUCCCAUUGUAGUUGGUAUCGGAUCCCUGGCACAAAAAGGUCUUGGACUCGGGGAAGAUGAUUGGCAGUGCUAAGAUGUGUUCGGGGCUCUAUCUUCUAGAGGUUAAUGAUCCUCCUCAAGGAGCAAUUCAUCAAUCAGAUUGUUCAGUGUCCAGUAGUCCUGUUUCUUUGUCUGUGAGUCAGUCUAAUAAUGAUAGUGCAAUUAUGUUAUGGCACUAUAGGUUAGGUCAUCCAAAUUUCUUGUAUCUUGAGAAGUUGUUUCCUUCAUUAUUCCAUAGUAAAAAUCCAAAUGAAUUUCAAUGUGAGAUCUGUCAAUUCUCUAAACAUAUUUGCAAUUCUUAUCCUAACAGAUCCUACAAAGCAUCUCAACCUUUUUCCAUGAUUCAUAGUGAUAUAUGGGGCCCUUCUAGGAUA